CACUUGGACUCCACUCCCACGCGCUCACUAUGAACGCGUAGCGCUUGCGUCGCCGUUCUCCUGUACGCACACGCAGCACUGUGUGCGUGUGAGUGCGCGUGUAUGUGUGUGCAUCUGAGUGUGAGUGCGUGUGUGUGUGUGUGUAUGUGAAUGGACCCCAGGCUGCUGAUCGGACCCGGCUUGCCCACGCCGGACCGGGAAACUCCGUGGAACAUGAGCUCCAUCCGUCCGCCGCACCGGCUUAUGGAGCUGCUCCCGGUCGCCACAGCUGGUGCCGUGGCACCGAGCCACCCCUUUCCAACGGUGGACGUCCCGGAUCAUGCCCACUACACCAUCGGGGUGGUCAUCCUCGCCGUGGGCAUCACGGGCAUUCUGGGAAACUUUCUGGUCAUAUAUGCUUUCUGCAGAAGCCGCAGUCUGCGGACGCCGUCCAACAUCUUCAUCAUCAACUUGGCCGUCACUGAUUUCUUCAUGUGCGCGACGCAGGCGCCCGUCUUCUUCAUCACCAGCAUGCACAAGCGGUGGAUCUUCGGCAAGAGAGGCUGCGAGUUGUACGCCUUCUGCGGCGCCCUCUUCGGCAUCUGCAGCAUGAUGACGCUGAUGGUGAUCGCGGUGGACCGCUGCGUGGUGAUCACGCGGCCGCUGGCCUCGCUGGGGGCCAUGUCUCGCAGGAAAGCGCUGAGCAUCGUGGCGGCGGCCUGGCUGUACUCCGCGGGCUGGAGCUUGCCGCCUUUCUUCGGCUGGAGCGCUUACGUCCCGGAAGGUCUCAUGACGUCCUGCUCGUGGGACUACAUGACGUUCACGCCCGCCGUGCGCUCCUACACCAUGCUGCUCUUCACCUUCGUCUUCUUCAUCCCGCUCUUCGUCAUCAUCUUCUGCUACUGCUGCAUCUUCAGAGCCAUCCGACACACCACCCAGGCCUUUGAGAAGAUCAACUGCGCGGGCACCAGGGAGUCGGCCAAGAGGUUCCACAAGAUGAAGAGCGAGUGGAAGAUGGCCAAGAUCGCGCUCAUUGUCAUCCUGCUCUUCAUCAUCUCCUGGGCGCCCUACUCCUGCGCCGCGCUCACCGCCUUCGCCGGGUAUGCACACCUGCUGACCCCCUACAUGAACUCUGUCCCGGCAGUGAUCGCCAAAGCGUCAGCCAUCCACAAUCCCAUCAUCUACGCAAUCACGCAUCCCAAGUACAGGUCCGCCAUCAGCCGCUACGUGCCCUACCUGGGGGCGCUGCUGUGCGUGCGGGUGCGCAAGCGCUUGAGCAGCAGCAGCUUCCAGUCCACCCGCCGCUCGACCCUCACCAGCCAAUCGGAGAGCCACCGCCACUGCAAGCGCCCCCGCUCCUCGCAGUCGGACAGCGACUCGGCCCGCUUCUCCGACAUGGACGACGACAGCUCCUUCCGAGCGCCCUUCAACCAACAGUUGCCCUGCGAUGUCAAGCAUGCGCGUCGUUCCAGCCAGAAGUUAAAGGCCGAGGACAUCUCCAUGUCGGACCUCGGUCACCUUCCUGCCAGUCUCUUUCGGGCAGCGCCCGAGUUUGUCCCGCGCAUCGCGAGCAGGACGCCGCCGACGCCGGCCAUCAUCGUCACGUCCAUAUCCAGCCCGUCCGUACUGCACAGCGCCCCUGGUUUCCACGGCAACCACAGCAAAAGCCUCAGCCCCGUCGCCAAGGCGUCGCUCGACAUCGCCCGACUGGACACGCCCGUGGCCACGCCCACGGCGUGAGCGCCGUCACACCGACAGACACGUGUGUAAAUGUGGAUGUCUUCUUCGGAGGCACUUUUUUUUUUUUU